AGACUCCCGCGCAUUGCACCGCAGGAGAAUCUCCACUUCGAGGACUGGGUCAUACCUGCUGGGACCCCGGUGAGCACCGCCACGUACUUCAUGAACAUGAACCCUUUCAUCUUCCCGGACCCGGAGAAAUUCGACCCCCAGCGCUGGAUCACGGCUGCGGAGACUGGAGAGCGGUUGGACAGAUAUAUGGUCUCUUUCACGAAGGGGAGCAGAAAUUGCUCAGGGAUGCACUUGGCGCUGGCCGAAUUGUAUCUCACCACCGCGACGCUCUUCCGGCAGUUGGAUAUGGAGCUCUAUCAGGCUACCAUUGAAGACUGCAAAUUUGCCCGGGACUGUCUUUUCCCGGCUGCCAAAAAAGGUUCCCCGGGGGUGAGGGUGGUGAUC